AUGUACAUUCCAACCACAGUUUCCUCCUUUCUCAACUCCCCGAUCACAAUGGAUUUCACAGCCCUCCACCGACUACAAGACCCAGGCAUAAUAAAAGCAAGCAAACGACAAGGCCGUCGACCAGGGAAAUCAGCCUGUGCUGCCUGCCACGCGCGCAAGAAACGAUGUGAUAUUAGUCCACCUUCGUACCAGUGUACGCACUGUCGGAAGGAGGGUCAGGUUUGUAUAUCGCGAGAUCCAAUUGAGAGGUAUCACUCCAUUCAUUUCAUGUUCUCUAUCUGCUUGAACGUGGGGACUAACAUUGGACCUCGGCACGUUAGACCUACUCGCCACCGAAUCUCCAAUUCCCACCCCAACAAACUCGCCUCAAAUAACGAUCACGAUAAUGAUAACAAUAACAAUGUCUCCGACGACGAAUACAGUGGGAAUAUAUUGCCCUUCCCUAAAGGAAUCGACCAUGAAAUUCCACGCUGGAGUGCGGCGUUCUCGAUGUUCUCGGAGAUGCGCCGAUUAUUGGCUCCCCCUUCGCCAGAAAGUGAGGAGGAUUGUGCAGAGGAGGAGGAGGAGGAGGAGGAGGAGGAGGGAGAGGGGGACGAGGUGCAUGAUUCUAAUGUAACGGGCGCAAGAGUGAAAGAGGAUAAAGGAAAUGAACGUGGCAUUGAGAGGAAAGAACAUGUUUCAUUUGAGCUUGGGUCUGGGGAACACUCUCGUGGUAUCCUCGACGAUACUUUUUCAGAUGGAGUGUGCAUCAAGGGAAUUAGUAUACCGGCUUCUGACUCUGUGUCUCAAUCUCCAGCUUCGUCCGGGAGGCCAGAGUCCGGGUCUGUAUUGGCAGCUUGCAGGACUGAAAUUAUGCAUGGGGAUCUUCCUUCGAUGGGAGAUGUGAGAGUGAGUGGACACGAUACAGACGCGCGUGUGUUUAUGGAUGAUCUCGAUGCGCUGCUUAGAUUUUGA